GCGGGGGCCCCACGUGCUUCCGCCUGGCUGCCGGCUGGGAGCGCGCGGACGCGGGGCGCAGUGAUAGUCUUCCAUCAUGCAUCGGAAGAAAGUAGAUAACCGGAUCCGCAUUCUCAUUGAGAAUGGGGUAGCUGAGCGGCAAAGAUCUCUAUUUGUUGUAGUUGGAGAUCGGGGAAAGGACCAGGUGGUCAUUCUUCAUCACAUGUUGUCCAAAGCAACUGUGAAGGCUCGACCUUCAGUGCUGUGGUGCUACAAGAAAGAGCUGGGCUUUAGCAGUCACAGGAAGAAAAGAAUGCGACAGCUACAGAAAAAAAUCAAGAAUGGAACAUUGAACAUAAAGCAAGAUGACCCCUUUGAACUCUUCGUAGCGGCCACAAACAUACGCUACUGCUACUACAACGAGACCCACAAGAUCCUGGGCAAUACCUUUGGCAUGUGUGUUCUCCAGGACUUUGAAGCCUUAACUCCAAACUUACUGGCCAGGACUGUAGAGACGGUAGAAGGUGGGGGACUGGUGGUUAUCCUCCUGCGGACCAUGAAUUCACUCAAGCAGCUGUACACGAUGACCAUGGAUGUGCAUUCAAGAUACAGGACCGAGGCCCAUCAGGAUGUGGUGGGAAGAUUUAACGAGAGAUUUAUUCUCUCUCUGGCCUCUUGUAAGAAGUGUCUUGUCAUCGACGACCAGCUCAGCAUCCUGCCCAUCUCCUCCCACGCUGCCAGCAUUGAGGCCCUACCUCCCCAGACCCCUGAUGAGAGUCUCGGUCCUUCAGAGCUGGAGCUGAGAGAGUUGAAGGAGAGCUUGCAGGACACCCAGCCUGUGGGCGUGCUCGUGGACUGCUGUAAGACCCUCGACCAGGCCAAGGCUGUCUUGAAAUUCAUUGAGGGGAUCUCUGAAAAGACCCUGAGGAGCACUGUUGCGCUCACAGCGGCCCGAGGAAGGGGCAAGUCUGCUGCCCUGGGGCUGGCUAUUGCCGGAGCGGUGGCUUUUGGGUACUCCAAUAUCUUUGUUACCUCCCCCAGCCCAGACAACCUCCACACUCUGUUUGAAUUUGUGUUUAAAGGAUUUGAUGCCCUGCAGUAUCAGGAGCAUCUAGAUUAUGAGAUUAUUCAGUCUCUAAAUCCAGAAUUUAACAAAGCAGUGAUCAGAGUGAAUGUUUUCCGGGAACACAGGCAGACUAUUCAGUAUAUACAUCCUGCAGAUGCUGUGAAGCUGGGCCAGGCUGAACUUGUGGUGAUUGAUGAAGCUGCCGCCAUCCCUCUCCCCCUGGUGAAAAGCCUACUGGGCCCCUACCUUGUUUUCAUGGCAUCCACCAUCAACGGUUACGAGGGCACUGGCCGGUCACUGUCCCUCAAGCUAAUCCAGCAGCUCCGCCAACAGAGUGCCCAGAGCCAGAUCAGCACCACCGCUGAGAACAAGACCACGACAACAGCCAGACUGGCCUCAGCGCGAACGCUGCACGAGGUUUCCCUGCAGGAGUCGAUCCGGUACGCACCCGGGGACGCCGUGGAGAAGUGGCUCAAUGACUUGUUGUGCCUGGAUUGCCUCAACAUCACUCGGAUAGUGUCGGGCUGCCCCUUGCCUGAAGCCUGCGAACUUUACUAUGUUAACAGAGAUACUCUCUUCUGCUACCACAAGGCCUCCGAAGUUUUCCUCCAACGGCUCAUGGCCCUCUAUGUGGCUUCUCACUACAAGAACUCUCCCAAUGAUCUUCAGAUGCUUUCUGAUGCUCCUGCCCACCAUCUCUUCUGCCUUCUGCCUCCCGUGCCCCCGACCCAGAAUGCCCUUCCUGAAGUGCUCGCUGUCAUCCAGGUGUGCCUUGAGGGGGAGAUUUCUCGACAGUCCAUCUUGAACAGCUUGUCUCGCGGCAAGAAGGCUUCGGGGGACCUGAUUCCAUGGACAGUGUCAGAGCAGUUCCAAGAUCCAGACUUUGGUGGCCUUUCAGGUGGAAGGGUCGUUCGCAUUGCUGUUCAUCCGGAUUAUCAAGGGAUGGGCUAUGGUAGCCGCGCUCUGCAGCUGCUGCAGAUGUACUAUGAGGGCAGGUUCCCUUGUCUCGAGGAAAAGGUCCUUGAGACAUCCCACGAAAUUCAUACUGUCAGCAGCGAGGCCGUCAGCUUGUUGGAAGAGGUUGUCACUCCCCGGAAAGACCUUCCUCCUUUACUCCUCAAAUUGAAUGAGAGGCCUGCUGAGCGCCUGGAUUACCUGGGUGUGUCCUAUGGCUUGACCCCCAGGCUCCUCAAGUUCUGGAAACGAGCUGGGUUUGUUCCUGUUUACCUGAGGCAGACCCCGAACGACCUGACUGGAGAACACUCGUGCAUCAUGCUGAAGAUGCUGACCAACGAGGACGAGGACGAGGCGGACCAGGGAGCCUGGCUCUCAGCCUUUUGGAAAGAUUUCCGAAGGCGCUUCCUGGCCCUACUGUCGUACCAGUUCAGCACCUUUUCUCCUCCCCUGGCUCUGAACAUCAUCCAGAACAGGAACAUCGGGAAGGCAGAGCAGCCAGCCCUGCGCCGGGAGGAGCUGGAAGCACUCUUCCUGCCCUAUGAUCUGAAGCGGCUGGAGAUGUAUUCUCGGAACAUGGUCGACUAUCACCUCAUCAUGGACAUGAUCCCGGCCAUCUCCCGGAUGUAUUUCCUCAACCAGCUGGGGGACCUGGCCUUGUCUGCUGCGCAGUCGGCUCUUCUCUUGGGGAUUGGCCUGCAGCAUAAAUCUGUGGACCAGCUGGAAAAGGAAAUUGAGCUGCCGUCGGGACAGUUAAUGGGACUUUUCAACCGGGUCAUCCGCAAAGUGGUGAAGCUAUUUAAUGAAGUACAGGAAAAGGCCAUCGAGGAGCAGAUGGUGGCAGUGAAGGAUGUGGUGAUGGAGCCCACGAUGAAGACCCUGAGUGAUGACCUGGAUGAAGCAGCGAAGGAAUUCCAGGAGAAACACAAGAAAGAAGUGGGGAAGCUGAAGGACAUGGACCUCUCUCAAUACAUAAUCCGUGGGGAUGAUGAGGAGUGGAAUGAAGCUUUGAAUAAAGCUGGGCAGAAUGCCUCGAUCGUCAGCCUCAAAAGUGACAAGAAAAGGAAGUUGGAAGCCAAAAAUGAACCCAAACAGAACAAAAAGUUAAAGAAAAACAGAGAGAUGAAAAGCAGAAAAGAUAUGAAACUGAAGCGGAAGAAAUAGCGAGAGAAACUUGGACCUUGGCGCUGACUUAUAAGGAGCCACUCUGCCUUUCUGAACUGUCUCUGCUGGACUGGCCAGCAGCCUGGCCUGUUAAAAGCAACAAGAACCCCAUCAAACCCAGGAGCUGGCCGGGAAUUCAGUCUCUGGGCCAAGCUGGCUUGAAGGCAGUGUCCCUUCUGAAUGAGUCUGCUUGGAACUUGAUAUUUGGGCAAACCUCUGGCACUGCUGAGGGGCUGCCUCUUCCCAGUCCAGACGCUCCUUUCCCAUGAGUUCAUAUUUUCCUUUGGGCCCAGCUUUUUUGGUUCCUUGGGGAAGCCAUGCUGACAGGAGUCUGUUGGGGCAACCGUGGACCUUUGCUCAUGGGCUUGUCCUACACCCUGAGGCCUGGGGCAGCAGGAGUCUAGUCAGGCUGCCAUGCUGGGAUUGGCAUUGCUUAUUCCAUCCCACUCCUGGCUCCUGUGGGCCUGCCGCCUCACUGUCCCAUAAAACCACAGCUCUGGACUCGGGAGAGAUGACGUCUGAGUUCUCUAAAUUUAUUAUUCCAUUUGGGAAAAAAUGUUGGGAAAGUCUUUUGCUAGCAGGGGCAAGAGACGGCUAGAGACUCUAUUUUUAAUAAAUAAUCUAGAAAAGACC